CAGCGCCCUGGCUGCCACCGCCCAGCCGCCGCCGCUGCCGUCGCCGAGUGUGCAGGCCGCCGCUGCUUGCGGGCUGCGUGUCUGCCUCCGCCGACCAGCCUCCGCCAUGGACCUGUUCGGGGACCUGCCGGAGCCGGAGCGCUCGCCGGCUGCUGGGAAAGAAGCUCAGAAAGGAUCUCUGCUCUUUGAUGACCUCCCUCCGGCCAGCAGUACUGACUCAGGUACAGUCUUCAGGCUCUCCCAGGACCAGGCGGACCUUUGCUUUUUGAUGACCUCCCACCAGCCAGCAGUGGCGAGUCAGAUUUUGGAAACUUCCCUAAUUGUAAAUAAGGGCCUGUGGAUGUACAACACCAUGCAGGUGCUACAGCCCGAGUACAGAUGUCUCUUUUUACCACUGAGAAGCCUCUCUUGCAGAUCCUCUCAUGGUUGGUGUGGUCUCCCACUGUGGGUGCCCAGGCACACUGGCCUGGCCCUUGGAUUCAGAGCUAUGACUGCUGGACAUGACAUUUUAUCUUUGAGGGCUGGGAUGGAGCCUGAUCUGCAGGGGUCUUUUUCCUCUUCAGUGAUUUUUGGUUUGAAAGGCUACGUGGCUGAGCGGAAGGGCGAGCGGGAGGAGAUGCAGGAUGCCCAUGUCAUCCUGAAUGACAUCACGGAGGAGUGUAGGCCCCUAUCAUCCCUCAUUACCCGGGUUUCCUAUUUUGCUGUUUUUGAUGGACAUGGAGGAAUUCGGGCCUCAAAAUUUGCUGCACAGAAUUUACAUCAGAACUUAAUCAGGAAAUUUCCUAAAGGAGAUGUAAUCAGUGUGGAGAAAACUGUGAAGAGAUGCCUUUUGGACACUUUUAAGCAUACUGAUGAAGAGUUUCUUAAACAAGCUUCAAGCCAGAAACCUGCCUGGAAAGAUGGGUCCACUGCCACGUGUGUUCUGGCUGUAGACAACACUCUUUAUAUUGCCAACCUCGGAGAUAGUCGGGCAAUCCUGUGUCGUUAUAAUGAGGAGAGUCAAAAACAUGCAGCCUUAAGUCUCAGCAAGGAGCAUAACCCAACACAGUAUGAAGAACGAAUGAGAAUACAGAAGGCUGGAGGAAACGUCAGGGAUGACAAAGAUGAUUUCCUGCUUCUGGAAUUCCUGCCACAGCAUGGAUCAACCUUGAGGACAUGAUGCUGAGUGAAAUGAGCCAGUCACUGAAGGACAAACACUGUAUGAUUCCAUGAAUAUGAGGUGCAUAGAAUGGCCAGAUUCAUAGAGACAGGAAGUGAAAUGGGGGUCUCCAGGGAAAGAGGGUGUGGUGUGAGUGUUUAACAGAGGUUCAGUUUGGGAAGAUGAAGAGAGUUCUGGAGAUGAUGGUGGUGAUGGCUGCACAAUAGUGUGAACUCAGUUAAUGCCACUCAACUGUACAUUAAAAAUAGUUAAAGGCAAAUCUUAUCUUGUGUAUAUUUUUACUAUAAUUUAAAAAUAAAAACCCACACUUACAUGGUUUAAAUAAAAAGGCUUAUUUAUAGAUUCCGUGCCUGUCCCCCUUAUUCAUAGUUCUGGAUUCUCUCCAAUGCUGCUUCUUACAGAAAGAAGCAAAUCUGUGUACAGAUUCUUAUUUUUCCUACUUUCUUCCACCAAAGGUAGCAUACUGUGUGCAGCAGUGUGUCACACUAUCUCAGUGGACUUCUCUGAGAAGGUGCAGUUUUAUUUUUAUUUUACGAGGAAGGCAACUGGACAGGACAGAUGAGGCAAGCUUGCAUGUGUAGCAUUUAGAUGUAAAUAUGCAGUACAGCCCUAACUGGUUUGGCUCAGUGGCGAGCAUCGCCCUCGGACUGAAUGGUCCCUGGUUUGAUUCCAAUCCAGGGUAUGUAUCUUGGUUGUGGGCUUGAUCCCCUGUAGGGGGUGUGCAGGAGGCAGCUGAUCGGUGUUUCUCUCAUUGAUGUUUCUAACUACCCUAACUCUCUAUCCCUCUCCCUUCCUCUUUGUAAAAGAAAAUCAAUAAAAAUAUAUUAAAUAAACAAAUAUGCAGUGCAUGUGUCUGGGACCAGGUCACAUUCAGGUCUCGGAUAUUGAAAAGGCGCUAUUCUGGAAUCCACCUUCAGUUACUUCGUUAGCAUCCAUCAUAAUAAGACACAGGACUUGGGCAUCUGAGUCAGAAGAGGAUGCAAAAGCAUUGAGACUGACUGUGUCCUGCUUUUGCUGAUGUGCUAGAGGAGCUGACGUUAGAGCAGUGUGCAGCUUAUCCUGGCCGCCAGGGCAACCGUCUCAGUACCUCUCUCUCUCAUUGUGAAGGAGAAACUGUAACAAAGUACCAGCAAAGAUCACAGCCAUCAGGGCUUCUGUCUGUAACUAGCAGGAAAAUAGUUGUCUGGCUGAGGAAGCAUGAAGCUAUGAUUGAUGGGCAGGUGGGAAAGGGAUGGGAACUAACACAAUUCUGAGCAAAAGUGGGGAAUGUGCCAGAGAAGGUGGUACCCAGGAUUGAUGGGUUGAAACUUAAGAACCCCUCACUCCUCAGCAUGGUGGUCUGGGAGAACUCUGAGGGUAGUGAAGAAGCAUGUAGUCCUGUUGAACUUGUCUGAGGAUGAAGGUGGUGGUCCAGCCCUCUGCCCAGGUCAUGAUACUCAGUCUCCUUGAAAUGAGCUGCAUUCAUGAUGUGGCGGAGGGGUAUCCACACCGGGCACCUGGCCAUUUGGUCACUGAAGAAGCACUUGGUUGGAUUCUUAUGCUUUGAGCGGCUUCCUUAAUGGCACUCUUAGGGCUGAGGGACUCCCCCAACCCUACCAUAUCCAUCUUCACUUCUGCUCCUGUGUACCUCGCCCGCUGCUGUUUGCUGUAGUAAUUGUAUGGGGAGUACUGCUUCUUUCAGGUGCCUGGUUAAGUCUGUUGCUGAUCCCUCAGCUGUUCCUGCGGGGAA